AUGAACGGUACUCCCCGCCUUACGUCUGCCUUCCCUCAGACGCCUCAGACACUUCCAGCUAGAAGGAGGUUGUUCGAUACCCCUAGGUCACAGCCCCGCGAGCUGCGCGAGCGGAAAUCACCUUCCAAAUCUCCAGCCAAGGCACCUAAACAGCCUCAGAAUGCCAGCGCGCCUCUCCUCCCCGUCAACCUGAUCGAUGCGCCCUCGCAACGUCUUUACGUGGUCGCUUUCUACCUACUACUCAAUGCGUGGCGCAUAUAUGAAUCGUGGACUGCGUCCGAUGAGCUAGACUCGACAUGGCUGUUCUUGAAAUGGGUCUCGGUGGACGGAGUAUUUCUGUUUGGCCUACAAGCCUUACGCAUACCCUGGCUGGAGUGGGCAUUCCCGACUACCCUGGCAUUGUUUCUAUUGCACGUCGUUUGCAAUGCCUUCUUGAUGUUUCAAAUUCCCAUCCCUCUGGGCGCGUGGUUUGCAGGCUUGGUCAAGGUUGCUUAUGAUCGCGAACUGUCCAUAUCAGAGCGAAAGGUCAAGCCAGGCGAUAUCAUCCAUAAUGCCUCAUUGAUAUUAGGAAAACAGAUUGUGCAUAUCCUCCCCGAAGGCUCUGCCACUCUGAACCCAGACCGGGAGGCGCUCUGCCUUGACUCCCAGAAAAACACAGUCACCCUGACAGUCCGUGUGAAUCAAACAGACCCCGUUCUCAUCGAGGUGUUGCGUCUGGACUUGAACACCGGUGAAAAUGAAACCCUGUCAAUUCCAGCCAAACAGCUGAAGCCACUAAAGAAGCAGGCAGAAAAGAGACAUGCACUCCUAGAUUCUGUGCCUUACCGAGACCUACAUCUUCCUGUGAAGAAAACGGGUAUAUAUCGCCUUCAACGAGUCGUGGAUGAAUCUCAGCUUGAUGUGCGUACACGCACCUCUGAUGCCCUCGUGGUAUCUUGCCCUAGAGCAUUGAUCAAAAACUCGCACACAGACAAGUGUAGAGGAGAACUGUCAAACCUAGUCCUGGAGGUCGAAGGAACUCCUCCUUUGAAAAUCAAGUAUAGCCGGCAGGUGAACUACCAUGAUCGUGGUUUUUCCUUUCAAAAUAUCCAACCGGACAAUCUCCGCUCCCCCCUUCUUAGCCAAAAACCAGGAGGUGCUCUCUUUAGCAUCAACCAGCCAGAUAUUUCAUGGGCACAGAGCCAAAGAAUCGACGUACCGUUAAACGAAUCCCUGAAUGUUGGCGGAGAAUGGUUUUAUGCUAUAGAAGAAGUCCACGAUGCCUGUGGCAAUGUUGCCAACUACUCAACCAUUUUUGAGGAAUCAGAGCGGCCAUCAACCAAGUCUUUGUCCCAAUGGCAUCAGUUCUCAGUCCACGAACGCCCGCGAGCGUCCCUCUCAGGGUGCAAUGACCAGCGCCCGCUGGAGGUUGCUCGCGGUGAUAGUGUUGAUUUACCGAUCCAGUUUCAGCCUGUUGGGAAUGGAUACACCGGCGAUGGACCCUUUUCCCUCGUCUAUACCUACAACGACGGGAAUGGCGCGCAGAAGGAUCCGGCCCAUGAGAAGUCCCUCACCUUGAAGUCCUUGGACCAGAAAUCUCCCAUCAAAGAGCCAGGCUGGUAUUCUCUGUCUUCGGUUUCCAGUCAGUUCUGUCCGGGUGAAAUUUUGGAACCAUCCUCGUGCUACUUGCACAAUCCCCCCGAGCCUGAGAUGACUGUCAAGGCCGAGAAGAUCUUUGAUCGAUGUGCCAACAACGCUGUUGGCUUACUUGUGGAUUUGGACCUGACGGGAUCCCCACCAUUCCGCCUCCGGUACAGCAUCGAGAACUCAAAGGGUGCAGUUACAAGAACUCAAAACAUCGAUGGAUUACGGACACAGCUAGACUUCACCCCGUCAGAGGCUGGGUUUUACCGCUACCGAUUCCUGGACAUUGAGGACUCUGUUUACUCUCCAAGGUCGCUCAAGGACAAGGUGCCUCCGCUAGAACAAGAUGUCAAACCCCCUGCUUCUGCUCACUUCCUUGGCCCGAGGGAAGUACGUAAAGCUUGCUUUGGCGAAUCAGUCUCAGUGGAUUUGGCUUUCUUGGGAGAAUCACCUUGGACUCUGCAAUAUGAGCUUCUUCACAACGGCAAGAGGAGCAAGCAUGUUCUCGAAUCUAACACCGAAAUGGCUACGAUUACGACAGACAAACUGGUCAACGGUGGCGAGUACACCCUUGCGCUAACCAGCGUCAAAGAUAAGUCGAAUUGCAAAAGAACUUUGAAAGAAACUGUUAAGAUCGAUGCCCGACCAAAGCCACCUCACGUUGCAUUUGGCCAGAUUGAGAAAACGCGCAGUGUGUCUGCCAUGCAAGGGUCAAAGAUUGAAAUCCCAUUGAGACUCAGCGGUGAGCGGCCAUGGACUGUGAAAUACAAGAACGUCGAUAUCAACAAAACCCCCAUUGAGAAAACAUUCUGGGACGGAAACAGCAUUUUAACAGUAGAUCAAGAGGGUCUCUAUGAACUUAUUGAAGUUUAUGAUAGCUCAUGUCCAGGAUAUGUUGAUCAAGCUGCGAAAGAAUUUGAGGUGACCUGGAUUCCACGUCCCCAGGUCACAGCCGUGGAUGGCUCUCCUCUUGGAUCGACAAACAGUUAUGUGAAGCCAGAAGUCUGUCAAGGAGAUGACGACAGCCUUGAACUUCGCUUAUCUGGAAACCCACCAUUCGCUUUCCAGUAUGAACAACGGCGGAAGACAGAUCGUGGUGCUUCAUCUGCUCGCACCAAGAACGUUCGCACUGCUCAGAAUGUAGUGUCGACGGAGAUGGACACGUCUGAACCUGGUCAAUACACUUACAAGUUUACCGAUAUUGGGGACAAUCUCUACGACUACAACGCGAAGAACAGUGCUUUCGUUGUCACACAGAAAGUGAACUCCCUACCUACCGCUCGUUUCGAUUCGCCUGGCCAUAUCUAUGGCUUCUGCAAAGAGGAUGCGAAUGGCGAGGAAACUAUUCCAAUCACUCUGGAGGGUUUACCACCAUUUUCAUUGGAAAUCACCAUCAAGCAUCACUCAAACGCUAAGCCUGAGAUCGUUUCCAUUCCCAAGAUCAACUCUAACCGCCAUAACUUGCCCAUCCCUCGGCGUCACCUAGACCUAGGUCAGCAUGUGGUCAGCAUCCACAAGGUCCGCGACUCUCGUGGAUGCCAGAGAACUACAGAGUACGAUUCGUCCUCUGUUCGGGUAGCCGUUUCCGAUGUGCCUACGAUCAUUCCUCUUGAAUCAAAGGUUGACUACUGUGUGGGUGAACGUUUGUCUUUCUCUCUUUCAGGACAUGCUCCGUUCGAGGUUUUCUAUAGCUUCAAUGGAGCUCAGCGGAAGGCUACAUCUCAGAACACAAAUUUCCGCCGUAUUGCCGAGCGUCCCGGUGAAUUCACCAUUACAGCUGUCGGUGAUGGAGCUAGUGGCAAGUGCAAGGCGCAUAAGGAUAUCACAAAGAUCAUUCAUGAGAUGCCCAGUGUGCGGAUUAGCAAUGGUCAAGUAUCCGUGGUAGAUAUCCACGAAGGCGGAGAAGCUGAACUUCACUUCGACUUUUGGGGCACACCACCAUUUGAAUUCACAUAUAUUCGAAGCUCCAAUUCGCGCAAAGGCAAAAAGUCAGAGGUUCUUGAUAUCAAACAUGAUAUCUCCUACGAACAUCGUAAGACUGUCAAGACCUCCGAUGAGGGUACUUACGAGGUUGUGGCGAUCAAGGACAAAUUCUGUUCGUUCUCCUCGCAGGUGCCGACGGGCAAGUCUGGCCGAGGUGCUUCAUGA